UGGAUUCAUUAUUUAUCGAUAAAACCACUGAAGAGAAUUUUCAUAAGAACUGCUUAAACAAAUUCGACCGACCGUUUAAGACCGUUACAUUUUGAAGAGCCCACAAAAGACCUCGACAAUGUCCAACCUGAGGAAAAUGCAAGACGAGGAACGCGAGUCCGAGUAUGGCCGUGUGUACGCCGUCUCGGGACCUGUCGUCACUGCCGAGGCCAUGUCCGGCUCUGCCAUGUACGAGCUGGUGCGCGUCGGCUACUACGAGCUGGUGGGCGAGAUCAUUCGCCUGGAGGGAGACAUGGCCACCAUUCAGGUGUACGAGGAGACCUCCGGCGUGACUGUCGGCGAUCCCGUGCUGCGCACAGGCAAGCCCCUGUCCGUGGAGCUGGGCCCUGGCAUCAUGGGCAACAUUUUCGAUGGCAUCCAGCGCCCGCUGAAGGACAUUGGCGUGAUGACCAACUCCAUAUACAUCCCCAAGGGCGUGAACACCACGGCACUGUCCCGCACGACAAUGUGGGAAUUCAAUCCCCUGAAUGUUCGCGUGGGAUCGCACAUCACCGGCGGCGACCUGUACGGUGUGGUGCACGAGAACACCCUCGUGAAGCAGCGCAUGAUUGUGCAUCCGCGUGGCAAGGGUACAGUGCGCUACAUUGCCCCCGCGGGCAACUACAACCUGGAGGACAUUGUCCUCGAGACGGAGUUCGAUGGCGAGAUCACGAAACACACGAUGCUGCAGGUGUGGCCGGUGCGACAGCCACGUCCCUGCACCGAGAAGCUGCCAGCCAACCAUCCGCUGUUCACAGGACAACGCGUCCUCGACUCCCUUUUCCCAUGUGUUCAGGGCGGCACCACCGCCAUCCCGGGAGCCUUCGGUUGCGGCAAGACUGUCAUCUCGCAGGCCCUCUCCAAGUACUCCAACUCCGAUGUCAUCAUCUACGUGGGCUGCGGCGAGCGAGGCAAUGAAAUGUCCGAGGUGCUGCGUGACUUCCCAGAGCUGACAUGCGAAAUCGAUGGCGUCACCGAGUCCAUCAUGAAGCGUACCGCCCUGGUGGCCAACACCUCCAACAUGCCUGUGGCUGCCCGAGAGGCCUCCAUCUACACCGGCAUCACCCUCUCCGAGUACUUCCGUGACAUGGGCUACAAUGUGGCCAUGAUGGCUGACUCCACCUCCCGUUGGGCCGAGGCGCUGCGUGAGAUCUCCGGACGUCUGGCUGAGAUGCCUGCCGAUUCCGGUUACCCAGCCUACCUGGGCGCCCGUCUGGCCACCUUCUACGAGCGCGCAGGACGCGUCAAGUGCCUGGGUAAUCCCGAGCGUGAGGGCUCCGUGUCGAUUGUGGGCGCCGUGUCGCCUCCUGGUGGCGACUUCUCUGAUCCCGUGACCUCCGCCACGCUGGGCAUUGUGCAGGUGUUCUGGGGAUUGGACAAGAAGUUGGCACAGCGCAAGCAUUUCCCCUCCAUCAACUGGCUCAUCUCCUACUCGAAGUACAUGCGUGCCCUGGACGAGUAUUACGACAAGAACUUCCCCGAAUUUGUGCCACUGCGCACCAAGGUCAAGGAGAUUCUGCAGGAGGAGGAGGAUCUGUCGGAGAUUGUGCAGCUGGUGGGCAAGGCGUCGCUGGCCGAGACCGACAAGGUGACGCUGGAGGUGGCCAAGCUGCUGAAGGAUGACUUUCUGCAACAGAACUCGUACUCGCCAUACGAUCGCGUGUGUCCCUUCUACAAGACGGUGGGCAUGCUGCGCAACAUACUCUCCUUCUACGAGACGUCCCGACACGCUGUGGAGUCCACCGCUCAGUCGGACAACAAAAUCACAUGGAACACCAUAAGGGAAUCGAUGGGCAGCAUUAUGUAUCAGUUGUCUUCAAUGAAAUUUAAGGAUCCCGUGAAGGAUGGCGAGCAAAAGAUUAAAGCGGACUACGAUCAGCUGUAUGAGGAUAUGCAGCAGGCCUUCCGAAACCUGGAGGAUUAAAGCGGCAAACAGAGGAGAAACCAAAACGAAAUAAGAAACCAAAAGAAAGUUGGGUUAUUAUUCGAAUUUCCUUACCCCAUGCCCCCAUUCAAUCUAGUCAUAUAUACAUAAUGCAUAAUAAGAUAUUUGAGAUCCAAGUUUAUAUUAUAAGUUGAACAGUUUAUCCUCUGGAAUCGACGACAAGUUUUAGGCAAGACGAACAAUAAUUAGUCGGUAGCGCAAAACAAAUGCAAAAUGCAGACAAAAACGGGAAGCUAAACCAGCCAUACGAUUACUAUAUAUGCCAUACAUAUUAUGAUACAUAUGUACUAUAAUCUAUCUAUGUUGAUAUAUACAUAUAAUUAUAGUUCGCAGCUAUUUAUUGUUAGAGAAAUUUCAUAAAUUUAUCGAUUUCCGUGUUCGUUCCCCUACCCUCUUUAUGU